CAUUGUCACUUUUCUAUAUUUUGCACAUUAUAUUUUUACCAUCUGAUUUAUCAUGACAGCUUUUGAAGAAUUUGGGUUAAUGCCAGAGAUUGGACAAUCUAUCGAAGAAAUGGAUUGGAUGUUACCAACAGACGUUCAAGCAGAAGCAAUUCCCUUGAUUUUAGGUGGAGGAGAUGUUCUUAUGGCUGCAGAAACUGGUAGUGGAAAAACUGGAGCAUUUUGUUUGCCUAUUAUCCAAAUGGUUUAUGAAACUCUUAGAGAUAUUAAGGAGGGAAAAGGAAAAAAACAAUCAUUUUUAUCAGAUUGGGCUUUGAAUCAACAUGAUAGCAAACCUGGAUUAUCUAUUGAUCCAGAAAGAAGUAUUUGUGAAAAUCAUACCCAACAAUGGCUUGGUUGUAGAGCAAAUAAAGCCAUUUCCACUAGGAUCAAAGGCAAAUAUUACUAUGAAGUCAGCAUAACAGAAGAGAAUGGUUUAGUGAGGGUGGGCUGGUCAUCCAAACAAGCAAGCUUUGAUCUAGGAACUGAUCGAUUAGGGUUCGGUUUUGGUGGUACUGGCAAAAAGUCAUUUAACAAACAAUUUGAUACAUAUGGGGAAUCUUUUACAUUCGGUGACACUAUAGGAUGCUAUCUAAAUACAGAUGAUCAUACAAUCAAGUUUUCUAAAAAUGGUAAAGAUUUUGGUAUGGCUUAUAAAAUACCCGAUUAUUUAAAGGAGACGCCCCUCUACCCUUCCAUUUGUCUCAAAAAUUCAGGAGUUAAAGUAAAUUUUGGCAAGCAACCUUUAAGUCAUUUACCUACCAAGGAAGAGUAUACUCCAUUAUGCAAUGCACCUAAAGAAGUUAUUGUAGAUGAAUCAACGAUUAAUGCUUUGAACUCUGUUAAUCUGAGUGGCAAAAAACCUUCAGGGCCUCUAGCUUUGAUUAUCGAACCAUCGAGGGAAUUAGCUGAACAAACAUACAAAGUCAUUACUACUUUUAGCAAACAUAUGAAGGAUCCCGCUAUAAACGCCUUAUUAGUUGUUGGCGGUUCAGACAGCCGUUCUCAAAUCACCGCUCUCACUUCUAACACUAUUCAUAUAGUAGUCUCCACCCCUGGUAGACUCGAAGACCUGGUAUUUACCUCUUCUACUCUAAAUCUUGAAAGUACGCGUUUUUUCGUCCUGGACGAAGCUGAUGCUCUUUUAAAAGCCGGUCAUUUACAACUCAUCAAUAAAUUACGAGAUAUAUUGGGGAGAAAUACCAACGCAAAAGGAGUUAGAUUACAGGUAGUUGUAUGCUCUGCCACCUUAAGAGAUUUUGAUGUAAAGAAGAUGGCCGAAAGUGUUAUGACUUUCCCUAUUUGGGUAGAUUUAAAAGGACAGGACAGCAUACCUGAGACUGUUCAUCACGUGGUUGUCAUGGUUGACCCAAGACGCGAUAAAUUAUGGGAGAGGUUGAAAAAUCCAAUCAAAACUGACGGCGUACACUCUAAAGAUACUAUCGGACCAAACUUUAACAAUAAGGAAAGUUUUUCAGAAGCUGUCAAAAUUUUGAAGGCCGAAUACACUCUUAGAGCUAUAAACGAACACAAGAUGGAUAAGUGCAUCAUAUUUUGUAGGACCAAAUUAGAUUGCGAUAAUCUCGAAAACUAUAUAAUGAAAAUGGGUGGAGGAACCCACGCCAAAAACAACCCUUAUUCAUGUGCCUGUCUUCAUAGUGACCGUAACCCGCAAGAACGUCGCGCUAACUUAGAAAGUUUUAAGCAAGGCCAAGUAAAAUUUCUGAUUUGCACUGAUGUUGCAGCCAGAGGCAUAGACAUCACCGGCCUGCCUUACACCAUUAACGUUACGUUGCCAGACGAGAAAUCGAAUUACCUUCAUAGGAUAGGAAGGGUUGGGAGGGUUGAUAAAAUGGGUCUUGCGAUAUCAUUAGUCUCUGCCGUUCCCGAAAAGGUUUGGUACCAUAAAUGUCCCAACCGUGGCAAAAAUUGCUUUAAAACAAAUUUAAUCACUGAAGGAGGAUGCACUAUUUGGUAUAACGAGCCUCAGUAUUUAGCCGAUAUUGAGGAACAUUUGGGAAUUACCAUACAACAAAUUGACCCCGACAUUAAAGUCCCCUUAAAUGAGUUUGACGGUAAAGUUAUAUAUGGCGCUAAAAGAAAGGAAAUUGGAAGUGGUUAUGAAGGACACAUGUUGGAAUUGGCACCAAAAAUUCAGGCUUUGGCAGCAUUAGAGAAAAUUGCUCAAGAUCAUUUUUUGAGAUUGACCAAGGGAUUCAAAGCUUAAAAUAAUGCCGUUUAAUUUAUUAUAUUGAUUCAAAAUUAUAUAAAUAUCAUAU